AUGAGUAAAUUGUCAAUUUAAGUUGAUUUCUAAUUUAUUAAAUUGGGCAUUCUCACAAAACUCGAAGGAUUAACACAUCCAUAUUACGAAGUUACAAAUGAGUAUAGAAACUACCAAAUAAAAAUUUAGCAUAAUAAGUUCAAAGAUUUCAUUGUUAAUGAACUGAAAGUAAUUAAAAAAUUACUCGAUUAAGAGUAUCCUCUACAAAACGAGGUUUCGAUUUGUGGAUAUGGAUUGUAAGAUCAGGAAGAGUUUACAUAUUAUUCUGACAUUUUUGAAAAAGAAUUGGAUUUAAAGUUAAUUAAAUAAAGGAGUGUUCAUAAUUCAAUAAAAGCAAUUGACUAUUUAAUGAGCAAUAAGGAAGGAGCAUUUUAUCAAUUUAAUAACUUAAUAAAUUUAAGAGAAAUUCAUUUAUUGAGAGAAGGCUAUGAAAUUGGGAAAGUUGUUUGUCCUUGCCCAAAAUACCCAUACCUGUAUUUAAAUGUGAACAAGAGUGUCUCUUUUUAUAAGGUGCAAGCAGUAAAUCAAUUUGUGAAGCUGAAUGGUUCUCUGAUUACGGACACUACAAUUGAAAAAAUAUUUUAAUUAAUUGGCUUAGAUGGAGAUAUAAAUGAAUAAUUAACACUGGCAUUCAAAGAAGGCAAUAAUUUGAAUGCAGACAUGACUGUAGAAGAUAUCUAUGGUAAGAGCUACACAUCAUUGGGUUUAUCCAAAGACAUCAUAGCUGCAUCAAUGGGUAAGUUGCAAACCAAGGAACCCACAUCAGUAAAUGUUCUUGAUGUUGUAAAAAGUUUAUGGUUCAUGUUCGCAAUAAAUUUGGGUUAGUUGGCUGCCUUAAAUGCUUAAUUGGAAGAUCUAACUACAAUUAUAGUUGGUUCAAGUAAAAUAACAUAUGAACCAUUUCUGUUAUCACUUCAAUCAGUGUUAACAUUUUUCGGAGCAGGCAAAUUGAAUAUAAUUUAUAUUGAGAACAUGGAAUUUUUGACUUGCUUAAGCCCAUUUGAAAAUUUAUAAUAAAUUGAUAAAUAUGUAGUCAUUCAUUUUUUAUACGAGUUUUUAAUGGCUUAAUUACUAGAUAGUUUAAAUGGUUGA